CUGCGAGAAGCGGUGACAUCACCCGGCGGGGAGGAGCGCGCGGCUCGGCGCCAGGCUCAGCCGGGGCUCCUCGGCGGCCGCGGCCAUGACGCAGGGUCCGGGUGGCCGCGCGGCCCCCGAGCCCGAGGCGCCCACCACCUUCUGCGCGCUGCUGCCGCGCAUGCCGCAGUGGAAGUUCGCGGCGCCCGGCGGCUUCCUGGGUCGCGGUCCGGCGGCGGCGCGCGCGGCGGGGGCGGCAGAGGCGCAACCCGAGCCCGGGGUCCCCGCGCUGGCCGCCGUGCUGGGCGCCUGCGAACCGCGCUGUGCCGCGCCCUGCCCGCUGCCCGCGCUUGGCCGCUGCCGGGGUUCAGGGACGCGGGGCGCGCGGGGGACCCCCGACGUCGCCGACGAGUGGGCGCGCAAGGGCGGCUUCAUCCACAAGCCGGCGCACGGCUGGCUGCACCCCGACGCUAGGGUCCUGGGGCCCGGGGUCUCCUACAUCGUGCGGUACAUGGGCUGUAUUGAGGUGCUCCGAUCCAUGCGGUCUCUGGAUUUCAACACCCGAACGCAAGUGACGAGGGAAGCCAUCAACCGGCUCCAUGAGGCUGUGCCAGGUGUUCGGGGCUCCUGGAAGAAGAAGGCCCCUAACAAGGCGCUGGCCUCCAUCUUGGGGAAGAGCAACCUGCGUUUCGCUGGCAUGAGCAUCUCGGUCAACAUCUCUGUGGAUGGCCUCAACCUCUCUGUUCCUGCCACCCGUCAGAUCAUCGCCAACCAUCAUAUGCAGUCAAUCUCCUUCGCUUCAGGUGGUGACACGGACAUGACUGAUUAUGUGGCCUAUGUGGCCAAGGACCCCAUCAAUCAGAGAGCCUGCCACAUCUUGGAAUGCUGUGAGGGUCUAGCCCAGAGCAUCAUCAGCACUGUAGGCCAAGCCUUCGAGCUGCGCUUCAAGCAAUACCUGCACAGUCCCCCCAAGGCCGUAGUGCCCCCCGAAAGGCUGACAGGGCUGGAGGAGUCGGCCUGGGGUGACGAUGAUGAGGCUGCGGACCACAAUUACUACAACAGCAUUCCAGGGAAGGAGCCACCCCUGGGUGGGCUGGUGGACUCCAGACUGGCUGUCACACAGCCCUGCGCACUGGCGACCCUUGGGGGCCUCGGACAGGGAAUGUCACCUGCACGGAGAGAUGCUCGUGGCUUGCCUUGGGACAUGGGUCCCUCUGGAGUAGCCCCACCUGGGGAUGGCUAUGUGCAGGCAGAUGCUGGAGGACCACAUGACUACGAGGAACACCUGUAUGUCAACACCCAGGGCCUGGAUGCCAUGGAGCCCGAGGACGUUUCCGAGGCACCUCUGCUGCCUGAGGACAGCCCGAAGAAGGACCUGUUUGACAUGCGACCCUUCGAGGAUGCCCUGAAGUUGCACGAGUGCUCAGUGGCAGCAGGCAUCGCUGCAGCCCCACUCCCUUUGGAGGACCAGUGGCCCAGUCCCCCUACCCGCAGGGCCCCCAUUGCACCCACAGAGGAGCAAUUGAGGCAGGAGCCCUGGUACCACGGACGCAUGAGCCGUCGGGCUGCGGAGAAGCUGCUUCGUGCCGAUGGGGACUUCCUUGUGAGAGACAGCGUCACCAACCCGGGGCAGUAUGUCCUCACAGGCAUGCAUGCAGGGCAGCCCAAGCAUCUGCUGCUGGUGGACCCCGAGGGCGUGGUGCGGACGAAAGACGUGCUGUUUGAGAGCAUCAGUCACCUCAUAGACUACCACCUGAAGAACGGCCUGCCCAUCGUGGCUGCGGAGAGCGAGCUGCACCUGCGGGGAGUGGUCUCCCGGGAGCCAUGAGCCAGGUGCCCCGUAGCCAGCUACACCUGCUGUCUCCGAGUUCACCCAUUCUGUGCACCGCCUACGGCUUUAGUACAUUCCGUGUUGUGCGGUUGUCUCAACAGCUAAUUGCAGAACAUUUUAUCAUCCCAAAGCAAGUCCAGCCCCUAGGAGCAGUCACGUUAUCCUUCGAGGGCUGGCCCUACUGUGUGUGCUUGCCCAGGUUUCCUAUCUGGUGGAGGGUGGGUUUGGUUUACCUUUGGGCUUUUGGUGUUAAGGGGAUGGAGGGCUGACUGAGAGGGCGUGAAAGACGUGAUGACCUCAGGGUCUCUGGGCAGAGCAGGAGGAGGGAGGUGGCUGUGGUAAGGAGGGCAGGAGGUAGCAGCUGGAUGUGGGAGCUGGGUUGGGGGAAGUGGGGGGGCAUUGUGGAAUUUUCCCCAGAGCUGCUGGUCAGGUCAAGCUGUCCUUCGUCCCCAUGACAACGUCUCCUCCUGCCUGGGGGCCAGGGCUGCAGGCAGAACUGCUCUGUUGAAAUGAUGUGGCCCUGUGGACCUCUCCGAUAUCUGUACCAUGCUGGGUUGGUAUAUGUCAUCCAGACAGAGGUUCUGUUUCAGCCUCAAAGGAAUCUGUGAACCUAGAUGUGAACACUCAGGGUCCUUAUGCUAUCUCUUAGACCGCGGGGUUCUGAGACGGGUUCUGAGGUUAGCAUCUUUGUCCACACAGAGAGGUUAAGAUAUUGCCCUGGGGUACCCAGCAGCAGCUUGUGGAGCCCCAAGUCCCAGGUAGCUGUGUGUCCAUGGCUGCUGAGGUCCUUUCUGUUCAGUGAACACAGAGGUGGCUGCUGUCAUGGAUAUCCUGACUUUACCUCUUUCUGUCCACAGGUGAUGGUCCUCAGCCCAGCUCCUCCCUCAAAAGGCCCUUGCCAUGGCCUUGAGGGCUCAGCCUUUCUCUUGGACCUUGAAACCACCAGAAACAGAAUGGCCAUCAUUUCUCCUUCCGCAUGAGCCUCAGGAAGCCGCCUUUUCCUAGCUGCGCUCUGCUGGCUGGGCCAGUGAAUUAGUCAGAGUCCAAGCCCCUGGUCCUGCCUGAGCCUCCACCCUGGACUUGGGUGAGGUAGUAUAAACCAAAGACUGACCCAGUCGCCUUUAACAAAGACACCCCAGAUGCAGGCCCUGUGCCUUCAGUCCCCGGUGGAGCAGAGACAUCAGGCUGUGUCCACGGAAUGACGUGUAGGCAGGUGUAGAUUCCUGCCCUGGCUGGGCUCUGAGGACCCAGAUGCACUGUUGCCUUUGUGGGGGGGCGUGUCAAGGUGCUUUUGGGUCUCAAACCCCUGAUGGGGGAGCAGCCUUGAGGCUCACCUGGAAUGGUAGGGCAUCCAGGUGAGUUAGAGGCAGAGGAACCUCACUGAGGUGUAGCAUCCACUCAGCACCUCCCAGCUGUUACCUGCCUGGACCUUCAACUGUAAUUAAACACAGCGUUGAACGUGAG